CCCCAUCUUCUUCUCCAGAGCUUCACGCCGGCGCGCUCUCUCUUUGUCUAGCAGAUUCCGAAGCGAAGGUCUUCUUCUCCCACCACUGCAGAAAUGUCGGCCGGCGAGCUCGCUUGCACCUACGCCACCUUGAUCCUCCACGACGAUGGAAUCCCGAUUACCGGGGAGAAGAUCGCCUCGCUGGUGAAGGCGGCCAACGUCUCCGUGGAGUCCUACUGGCCCAGCCUCUUCGCGAAGCUCGCGGAGAAGAGGAACGUCGGGGACCUCAUCAUGAACGUCGGCUCCGGCGGCGGCGCCGCCCCCGUCGCCGUGGCCGCGCCCGCUGGCGGUGCAGCCGGAUCGGCUGCCGCGGCUCCUGCUGUUGAGGAGAAGAAGGAAGAACCAAAGGAGGAGAGUGAUGACGACAUGGGCUUCAGUUUGUUUGAUUAAGAAAACAAGUACUCAUUCUGAUUCUUCAGGAUUUUUUGUUUGGUUCAACAGAUUAGGAACUUUUGGAAAGUUUCACCCUUGAUUUUGUUUGGUAUAAUGUUGACAUUUGGCUUCAACCAGGCUUUUUCUAUGAUUCAGUUGGCUUGAAAACAGAAACAUGUCUAUUGUGGAUCAUUUGCUAUUGAACCUUAUCACGCUUAAAA